UGUCUGUCCGUCUCAAUCUUCCAAAUGCAUAAUAUUUUUCUCACACAGAGGAGUAGAAGUAGUAGUUUUGCAUACAGCUGCGGUUCUUUAACCUGCUUUGCGGGACGAAGGAAAAUCUGUGGCUGGAGAGACCCUUGGGGAGAAGCCCACUGUUGCACCAAUCCGGAACACUGUCAUUGAUUCUACGGUUUUCUGGAAUGUGUCGUCACUGAGGGACGAGACAAGGGUGACAAUGGAGGAGCAAGGGCUGAAGUCAGGAGAAACUCAGGCUGGGGGUACAAAAGGAUUCCUGCAAACGAUCCCAGGAGGCCAAGUUAAACAGGAGUCGGAUGAGGCCCUCUUUCAGCCCUGGGAAGCCCAAUGGCAGGACUUCCUGAAGAAAAUGGAGUCUCCUCAGUAUGACUGGGGGAGUCCCCAAUUGCCAAAGGAGCCCACCCCAUGGGACGAUGCUAAAGCCUUCCUGGCCUCCUUUGAGCAAGUGGCCAAGGCCUGCCGGUGGCCCAAGGCAGAGUGGGCGGCCCGGCUCUUGCCAGCCCUCAGUGGAGAAUCCGAGCAGGUCUUCCGCAGGCUAGAGGCUGGAGACAGAAAGGAUUAUGGGAAAGUGAAGGCGGCCAUCUUGCGCAGAGAUGCCAUCAGCAGGGAGAAGCAGCGUCAGCACUUCCGGUGUUUUUGUUACCAGGAGGCCGAGGGGCCGAGAGGGGCAUAUAACCAGCUCCAGGGACUUUGCCGUCAGUGGCUGAAGAUCGAGAGACACUCCAAAGAGCAGAUCCUGGAGCUGCUGAUCCUGGAGCAGUUCCUGGCCAUCCUCCCCUCAGAGAUCCAGAACUGGGUCAGGGAACGUGGCCCAGAGUCCUGUUCCCAAGCGGUGGGCCUGGCCGAGGACUUCCUGCUAAUUCCGCGCGAAAGCAGUUGGAAUGGAACACAGGGAAGGAUGCUUUAUUGUGUGGCAUCACAACCAUCCUUCUCCACAGAUCAGGUGGCAUUGAAGGAGGCCGCUGCCGUUUGUUCGGAGGCAAGCCAGGCUCUGUCUGGCUCUGAAGAGGGGCAGCUGCGCACGGAGACCAAGCAGGAAGAGGACCAGGGAGAGGCCAGGCUUUUGGCAAACAAAGGGUGGAUGACUAUUGAUGAUGGGGAGAAAAACGUGCCGGAAGAUACGGAACUGACAGAGCCAUGCGGGAUGUCAGUGUGGAAAGUGGAAGAGAACCUGCCCCAGUGUUGUGAGCAGGAAAACACCUCCGCGAGCCAGGGUGGAUCAGAGUGCCGGCGGGAAGCCCACCCAGCGGAGGAGGCAGUUGAAUCGAUUACUUGUCAUGGAGGCCACAAGGUCCCCAGUGAACAUACAGUCCAGACAGCAGGUGAUAUGUGGAAGAAUGAGACUGGCUGGGAACCGUGUGGGAUACCAUCCGAAAGAAAUGACCAUGAGAAUUUUGGGGAGGAAAUCUGGAAUCAAGAUGGAACGAAGAUGCAGGAGGAAAACCACAUGGAGAAGAGGAAAUGUAAAGCCGUCCCAUGCCAGGGUGAGAACUUCUGUGGAAUCCCAAUCCAUCAGGAAAAGCAAGCAGAAAGUGUAAGGAGCAAGUACCUCAACACUCAUUGGAGAACCCAUGGAGGGGAAAAAACAAACAAAAGCUUCAAGUUCGGGAAGAACUUCAGUUGGAGCAGAAACCUUACUAAAAGUCAAAUGCUUUGCUCAGGGGAAAAGCCAUACAAAUGCUUGGUGUGUGGAAAGAGCUUCAACUGGAGCACAAACCUGACUUCACAUCAAAGAAUUCACACUGGUGAGAGACCGUAUAAAUGUUCAGACUGUAGCAAGACAUUCUGUGAUCAGUCGGGUCUUAUUAAACAUAAGCGAGUUCACACGGGGGAGAAACCUUAUCAGUGUUUGGUAUGUGGAAAGAGCUUCAGUCAGAACACACACCUUACUACACAUCAAAGAAUGCACACAGGGGAGAAACCAUAUAAAUGCUCAGAGUGUGGAACUGGCUUUAGUCGGAAAACAUAUCUUAUUUCACAUCAAAGAAUUCACACCGGAGAGAGACCUUACAAAUGCUCGGAGUGUGGAAAGAGCUUCUGUCAGAGCUCACACCUUACAUCACAUCAAAGGAUUCACACUGGAGAGAACCCCUAUAGCUGUUCAGCCUGUAGUAAGAGCUUCUCUGUUAAAGCAUCCCUUCUUCAACAUGAAAGGAUCCACACAGGGGAGAAGCCUUAUGCAUGCUUGGAGUGUGGAAAGAGCUUCAAUAGGAGUACAACUUUAAAUGCACAUCAAAGAAUCCACACAGGAGAGAAGCCAUACAAAUGCUUAGAAUGCGGAAAGAGCUUCAUCCAGAACACAAGCCUGACUUCGCAUAAAAGAAUUCACACAAAUGAGAAAGUCAAUAAAGACACAGUUGGGAAGAGCUUCAAUUGGAACAGAAAAUUCACUGAAUAUGAAACACUCCAUAAAAGAGAGAAACCAUAUAAAUGUUCUGAUUGUGGAAAGAGCUUUAAUCAGAGUAGAAGCCUCACUUGUCAUCAAAGAAUCCACACAGGGGAGAGACCGUACAGCUGCUCAGUCUGUAUCAAGAGGUUUUAUGAUCAGUCCAGCCUUAUUAAGCAUAAGAGAAUUCACACAGGGGAAAAACCAUAUAAAUGCUCCGCCUGCGGAAAGAGCUUCAAUCAGAGCAGAAGCCUCUCUUCCCAUCAAAGAAUCCACACAGGGGAGAGACCGUACAGCUGCUCAGACUGUAUCAAGAGCUUUUGUGAUCAGUCAAGCCUAAUUAAGCACCAGAGAAUUCACACAGGGGAGAAACCUUAUAAAUGCUUUCAGUGUGGAAAGAACUUCAGUCAGAGCACAAACCUUCUUAGACAUGAAAGAACCCAUACAGAGUGUUCAUCCAUGACACCCCAUAUGCUGAAGUUAACGUCUUCAAGUGCUCCAUGUUUGUAACAACUUGGGAAUGGGUUGCAGGAAGCAGGGCCUUCUCAGCAUUUGCUCUUCAACUUACUGAUUAAGAUUUCUGACUCCUCGGCGAUGUUGCUUGCAUGGUUUAUCUGAGCAGUUUAAUUUGGGCUUAUGUUUGGAUUACAAAGAUGGAUAAACAUUAAAUAAGUAUAGAAAAUAAA